GCGUUCCCAGAUCGAGAAUUCGCAUCCAUCCAGUUGAAUUCUUUUUGUUUAAUUUUUUUUAAGUGACCUGUGUUGAUCUGUGAUUUGUGAGAAGCGAGAAAAUGGUGCGACCUCUGUUGACCGUUGCCGUUCUGCUCUUGGGCUUUUCCUCGGCCGUUCUGGCCGGACGUCUUAGCCAGCGGUACUUGCCCGCUCCGCAGGCCAGUCAGCUGCACUACCACGGUGUCAGCGGACAAGGACACGCUCGUCCUGGCGCAGGACAUCCGGUUGCGACUGGCGGAGCCAGCUUCCAGCGCCAGCAGCAGCCACAGAUUCCGAUCGUGAGGAGCGACUACCAGAGCGACGCCAAUGGCAACUACAACUUCGGCUUCGACACGGGCAAUGGUAUCCAUCGCGAUGAGACCGGUGAGUUCCGCGGAGGAUGGCCCCACGGAUCGCUGGGAGUCCAGGGAUCCUACUCCUACACCGGCGACGAUGGCAAGCAGUACACGGUGAACUACAAGGCGGAUAAGAACGGAUUCCAGGCGGAGGGCGCCCAUCUGCCCGUUUCUCCUUCGGUGCCCGCUGUCCCAGCUGGUCGCAGCUCCUAUGGCGCUGGUGGUGGCUAUCGAGGAUCGGCCUCAUCCCAUGUCCCAGCUCCUGCCCCGGCUACCCGAUAUCUGCCCCCAGGAUAUCGCCAGCGCAGGCACUACUGAAGGACAUAA